UUCCGGUGUUUGCUCUGGCGGCGUCGGAGCCAGGACUGCGUUGGGCGGUGCGGGAGAGGUCCUGCUGCCGGCGGUAUGAGUGAUUUCAGCGAAGACUUGCUGAGGCCCGCGCCAGAGGAUGACCCAGCGGAAACCAGUGUCCGCCCUCGCUCAGGAAUGCGUCUUCCUUGGCUCCAAAAGCAAGUAGAAAGUGUGGCGACCCGAGGGAAAAAGGAGAAGGAUUUUGCUCAGACAACCAGUGCCUGUUUAAGUUUCAUCCAAGAAGCCCUGCUGAAGCAUCAGUGGCAGCGAGCCGCCGAGUACAUGCACAGUUACCUCCAGAUCCUGGAAGACUCGGACAGCAACAAGAGGCAGGCCGCGCCCGAGAUUAUUUGGAAACUCGGAAGUGAAAUUCUCUAUUAUCACCCCAAAAGCAGCGUGGAGACGUUUAAUACCUUUCAUAGUGUGCUCUGCUAUGAGGACGACUAUGCUUACAGCACAGCCUCUCAGAACAUGUUCAAGCACAGCUGGAAGACGUCCGUCAACUUUUCCGCGUUGGUUCAGACGCCUGGCGUUUGGGACCCUUUUGUGAAGAGCUAUGUAGAGAUGCUGGAAUUCUAUGGGGAUCAAGAUGGGGCCCGAGAGGUCCUCACUAAUUAUGCCUACGACGGGGAAUUGAACCGGGAACCUCAUGAACUUUAUUUGAAAAGUAAGCUGACAUUUGAGAAAUGCCUUUUGAAUGUGCAAAUAUCACAAGAUUAUUUUUUCUUCCAGAUUUUGUAUCAGAUUGUACCGUCUCAUACGCUGAUGUUAGAAUUCCAUAGGUUACUGAGGAAAUCAGACAAAGAAGAGCACCAUAAACUGGGGCUGGAGGUCCUGUUCGGCGUCUUAGAUUUUGCUGGAUGCACUAAAAACCUGACUGCUUGGCAAUAUUUGGCAAAAUAUCUCAGACAGAUCUUAAUGGGAAGUCACCUUGCCUGGGUUCAGGACGAGUGGAACUCCAGGAAAAACUGGUGGCCAGGCUUUCACUUCAGCUCCUUUUGGGCAAAAAGUGAUUGGAAGGAGGACAAAGCUUUGGCUUAUGAGAAAGCUUUCGUAGCUGGAAUAUUGUUAGGAAAAGGUUGUAGAUAUUUUCGGUAUAUUUCAAAACAAGAUCAUCAAGACUUAAGGAAGAAAUUUAAGCGGAUGAAGAAGUUAGUGAAAAAACACAGUAUUGUAAAUCCGGGACCCUGAUACUGAAUUUUAGUUAUUUCAGAUUAGUAGCUACAGGGUAGUAGCUUAAUGGAUAAUUAUUGAAUGUACUUAUUUAUUUGGUGUUUUAAGAAGGUAGUUUUAUAUGGCUACAAAAAAGUUAUUUUUAUAUAUCUUUAUAUUUUCUCUUACUAGUAGUUAUAGCGGGAGAAACAGUCUCACUACCUUUGUUCUUGGUAAAUAAAUAUAUUUCCUUUUUGUACUGUUAAAUAUAAUAUU